AUGAACUGGAAUACAACCCGUCGGAAUCGAUAUAGAAUACUGAGAAACUCAAGAAGUAAAUACUUUUCAAUUCUCUUUCUCUCUACUCUUCAAAUUGAAAAUAUGAAGAAAAGAAUAAUUAUAAAGUUUUAUGUACAGAAAAAAGUUGAAUAUGGACAGUAUCUAAAGAUUGCAGGAUCGGUGCCAGGCCUGGGAUAUUGGAAUCCCGAGGUCGGCAUUGAGAUGAAGUGGACUGAAGGCGACUGGUGGAUUGGCGAGUAUCACUGUGAAGGACUACCAAGCUCGCUGCCAAAGAAUCAAUUCCGUUUGGAACCGUCGUUCGGUUUGAUGCGUAGUAACAGCAAUCAAGACAACGGUAUAGCUGCGGACAGCAACGACAAUGACAACGAUGACUCUGAUAACGAUAGUGCUAGUUCGACACCGACAAGCAGUAGUGCAGCGUCGUCGUCGUCAUCGUCAUUCCAUCUCAAUAGUAAUCAAUCACUCUCACCCAUCCUCAAGGGAGUGUCUCCGCAGUACAUCGACAUCGAGUACAAAUACAUUCUCUAUGGAAACUACCAGACCAACUGGGAAUCCGAUCGUAAUCAUAAAGUUUCGUUCAUGCUCUGGUCCGAUCCCAACAGUCAUUCGUCGUCGUCCGACGACAUCUUCAUUGAGAUUCGCGAUGAGUGGAAUGGCGGCAACGGAGUGUGUCCAACGCUCGACUUCCAGUCGAAUCAGCCGAUACUUCCAAUGUUGGAUCAACAACUGCAACUCAAUAACUAUCAACAACAACAGCUACAAUCGACAUUGACAUUCAAUUCCUAUUCCUACUCGUCAUCACCCGGUGGCAGUAGUACCGCCAGCAGCAGUCGACUCAAUAGCAACAAUCAAUAUAUGAUGUGUGAGCGAGAGUAUUGUUUCUUGCAUCCACUGGAUCCCCAUCCACUUCCUAUCUAUCCAGCACAGAUAUGUACAUUCAUUGUCACCGACGAGGGAAAUACCGAUUGUCAUUCGAUCCUGUUGGUCAGCCAGUUCUUUGGAUCGGAUCUACAGAAUUCAAUACAGAUGAUUCCAAUCGCUCAGGUUGGAAUACCUUAUACCUUGUGGAUUGGACAACUAUACGCACCGCAACCCAUCAAAUUCGAAUACAAAUAUGUCAUCAUGAGCAACAAUAACUCGGGUAUCUACUGGGAGAAAGGCACACGUAUAUUCUCAUCAUCUACACAAGGACCGCGACUGUUGAUCAACAACGACGGUCCACUUCGUGUCUCCGAUGCAUCUGCCUCUUGGGUACGAACAGGUCUAGUAGGUCUAGCCGAAUCCGACAACAAUUGUUCACUUUUAUCUGUUGUUCAAUUAUUAUAUCAUAUAUCACCAUUAAAACAAGUACUUUUAAAACUUAGAGGUAGAAUUGGAUUUCCAUUUACACAAUGUCUUGCUAAUAUAUUUACAACAAUGGAAAUGGGUUCGCAGACAACAGAGUUGAAUCCACUACAAACUAUGAUCGGUCAUUGUUCAGACUCUGCAGAGAUUCUUAACAUCAUUUUAUGUUCUUUAAUUGAAGAGAUAUCUAGAAUUUCGAAAAUAACAAAUUAUGAACAAAACAUAUGUAUAAAUCAAAUAUUUGAAGGUGAUUUAUCACAGACAUCGGUGAUUUUAGAUAAACAGGGAAAUAUCGAGUCGGUAAAGACACACAAUGAAAAGUUUGUAAAUAUAAUACUACCGGUCAAAGGUUUCAUUUCUUUGGAGGAAUCGUUGAAGGUCUAUCAGCACAAUAUCGAGGUGUUUGGCAAUAAUACUUUUGAGACUAUCAUCACGUUUGAGAAUAUGCCCGAUAUCUUUAUCAUACAGCUUGACCGAACCGACUACCAACCAGAGCACCACCGCACCGUCAAGGUAUGUGACCGUUUCACCUUCCCAAAGAAAUUCAUCCCAGUCAACCAAACAAAGUACCGCAUCAAGGGUAUCUUGUGUCACACCGGCUCGACACAGGAAUCCUACGACAACGGUCAUUUCUAUCUUUACAUCCGACGACGUAAACAAUGGUUUAAAUGUGAUGGUUCCAAUAUUUCCUAUACUUCACAGAAAGAGGCUUAUCACGAUAGUUUCGGUGGUAACACUGAUAAACAAGCUUAUUUAUUAAUAUAUGAAAAAGCAGAUGGUCAUUAUCAUAAUAGUCAUAAUAAUGAGGAAACUGCAAAUUCAUCUUAA